GUUGCUCAGGUUGAGCAGAGCUGUUGAGUUGUCACUUUGCAUGCAUGGGAAGCGAGCAGCAGUGUGUGAGAGCAGCGCGUGGACUUUGCUGGUGUCCUCUUCAGACAGCAACGUGAAGGUUAAUAAUAUAUGCGCAAUUUAUUACGAUGCGUUAAACUGCAAAGUUGCACUCCGCUCGUCUCUGCUGUUCCUUCGAGCCGAAAGUAAGCAACAAAAAAUCAUGGUCAUCAUCAUCAUCAUCAUCACAAAAGAAAGCUCAAGCUGGGUGCCCAACGAGAGGCCCGAUCAGAGUUUUGAAUCAUAACUGUGGAUGAAGUGAAUGUGGGCACGCAGAAAGCCAGCGCCGCGCAGAGUUGCAGUGAACGACGGGAAGAAGAGAAGCAAAGCCGUGUGGGUGUUUUCAUACGCGGAGCUCGGAGUGGGGGAUGUCGGGCAGGAGUGGAGGGGCGCCUCGGGGGUGCAGCAACCCCAGCCUGCAGCCUCUCAGAGCCACAGUCCCAUACCAGCUCCAGAGGGGCUCCGCUCUGCUCGGCAGGGAGGUCAAGACGGCUGACAGGACCUCGGCUCGCCCACCGAAACCCACCAUCCGCCGUACUCUUUCUUUGGACGCCAUCGUUGCACCCUAUCUGCAGGGACAGUGGCCCAAAGAGGCAGAGAGCACGGCUGUGACCUGUGUCAAUGACAAAGCCACACAGACUCCAAGUUCCUGGGCAGAGGAGACCCGAGGGAGGAAAGGUGCCGGCAAACACAAGCGCUCAGCAUCGUGGGGCAGUGCAGAGCACCUGAGGGAGGUGGCCAAGCUGAGGAACCAGUUGCAGAAGCGCUCCCGCCACCUCCCUCCCUCAGCAGGAUAUGAGCUCCCCCACAACCCCCUGCCAGCAGGUCAUGCAGCAGGCGUCACUCAGACAUUUCCCCUGAUACCCCUGAACAGACUCGCUCCUAGACUGCGACGAAGUGUUGAAGGCCUCAACUUGGAGCUGGAAGAGGUGUUUGUUUCUGAGAAACCUGAGGAUCUGCACGAGAUUCUGGAUAUCCCAGAUGGCCACAGGGCCCCUGUCCCUGUCCAGAGAUGUAGCAGUGGCUCUCAGAGUGAGCCCUCCCCUGGCCCCUUGGAUCUGGAUCCUUCUCUCCUUUCUCCUUCUCAGUCCCCCUGUCCUUUAGAUCCAUCUCUUGUGUCUCCUUCAAAUUCCCCUUCUCCACUAAACCCAUGUCUUCUGUCUCCGUCAUCGUCUCCCAGUCCCAUGGGAGAGCCAGAGCCAGUGGACUGUGAGACGCCGUGUCCCGCUCCGUCUACUCUCCCUUCAUUUAAACUGGAUCCUCCCCUGUUGCAGCUCUGCUCCUCCGCUCCACGGCCAAACAGAACUUAUGGCUUCCAGCGUGAGCCGCCAGAAGGCUGCGAGCGAGUACGAGUGUGCGAGGAGGCGUUCUCCAGGGCUGCCUGUCAGAAUGAGCCUCUCCUUCAGCCAUCCUGCCCUGACCCCAACAAGGUCAACUUUACCCCCCAUGGUGGCUCCGCUUUCUGCCCUGUCAGUCUUCUGAAGCCCCUCCUGCCCUCCAUGGACCUCCUCUUCCGUGGGCUGUCAGUCUCUCCGGUCACGGGCUGCCCAGGUCAGGCCUCUCCUACCAGGCACCUGGGCAUGCAGUAGGGGGAUAUCUGAGCAGAACCUCAUCUCAGGGCUAAACCACACUGCACUGCCAGAACCUGCAGACACUGGAUAUGUGUUACAGAUGCACCUGGCUCAUCCCUGCUGUAACGUGCCACAAUCACUGUGAUCACAACAAGAGACUGUGAUUUAUACUUCAGAGUAACUUCAACUAAUAUCUGGCUGUUUUACUGAUUAUUUCCACCUGCAGGAUGCUUUGUUUAAGCUGAUAUUUACCUCACCCGUACUUAGCAUUCCCCAUGUGAGCUGUGGAACUACAGGACUGGAAAUGUCAUUUUUGUUUGUUGUUUUUUUGUUUACAGCUUACUAAGUUUUUGAUUAAACUUAAUUUUGAUUUAGUUGUGCAUCAGCAGUUCAGACAAAGACCACAGUCUGCUGGGGAUGUUUUCAUUUAACAUUUAAAAUAAGUGAAUUCAGAGU